ACAACUUCCGGCCGAUCCUCACGAACAACAACAACCGACAGAGUCCUACUGUCAGAGAUUAUUGUUGGUUUAGUUAUCAACAGGGGAGGUUUAAUGGAACAAUAAAGAUUAGUUUCGUCUCGGUGGUAAUAAUUUUACUGUAAAUAAAUCAUUGUACUGCGGAUUCUGUCUUCCAGAAGGGCGAGUAUGAGCGAGAGGGAGGUGUUUCAUGAGAAACAGAGACUGGAGCUGUGCGCCAUCCAUGCCUUGAACAACGUGCUUCAGGAGAGAGUGUUCACCAAGGAGACAGCAGAUGACAUCUGCAAGCGACUUGCCCCACAAUGUGUGAUGAACCCACACCGCUCGGUGUUGGGCACAGGAAACUAUGACGUCAAUGUCAUCAUGGCAGCUUUGCAGAGUCGGGGGCUCGCUGCAGUUUGGUGGGACAAACGCAAGUCAAUACAGAAUUUGUGCCUGGACAAAAUUGAAGGAUUCAUUUUGAAUGUCCCAUCAAGGGUGUCACUGGGAUUUGUGUCUCUCCCACUGAGACGCAGACACUGGCUGGCGGUACGGGACGUCAACGGGCAGUUCUAUAACCUAGACUCUAAAUUAAAGGGGCCUGCCUGUAUAGGUGGAGAAACUGAACUCAGGUCUUUUCUCAUUGAACAGCUUUCUCAGGAUGUUGCAGAGAUGCUGCUCGUCGUUCAAAAGGAAGUAGACGACGAUGGGACGUGGCUGAAACCAGAUGACACCAGGAAGUGAUUCAACCGAACAUUCUCUCUCUCAAUGCGGCGUAAUCGUGAAAGAGAAACACCGGAGCGACGAAAAGCUUUAUGGAGAGAGCGACACUACAGGAAGAUGGAAGAUUCAUUCACAGACACUCACACACAAAGGGGAGUCUGAGAGAAUGAUUUAGUGUUUAAAGGGACAUGUUUUCUCAUACGAAGGGGCCGUUUAUCUAAAGUCACACUGGCUGUGUGUUUGUGGGGAGAUGCUACUAUAGCUGUGCCAGUCACUCUUCACUUUCUCACUCUCUUUCUCUCUCCUCUCAGGAACUACCAUCUCUCACUUUAUCUUUAUCUAUGCACUCCACUGCUGAAGUAGAUCAGAAACAUGUGUCUUUGCUACAACUAUGCACAGAAAGGGUACUCUAGUGUUCAAGUAUAUAUCGUUCAUUGCCUUUUAGACAUCAGUGUACGUCUUACUAUGCAUAAACAUGGGAGAUAACAAGAGAUUGUAGCUCUCUCACGCUCACGUCCUUUUUACUCUUUCAAGCUUUAUUGCAAACUGCCUCAUUUACGUCGACUCAGUGAUGUAACCACCAUUUUAAACCACCAAAUGGAGGGAAACUAAAUGCAUUUGAUUUGUGUUAUUUAUUUGAAUUUUAUUGAAUUUCUACUCGACUGUUUUUGCUCAUGCAGUGCUUGUGGUAGUGUAGCAAAAUGGAAGAGCUGUUUGAAAUCUUCAUUAUGGCUACAAACACUUUUGUCAUGUCUGUGCUGUUGCUUUUGUCUGAUUACUAGUGUUUGUCGAUUAAUGUUGUCCGAGCUGGAUUUUAAUGUCAUAUAAAUGAUAUUUAAUCCAAGUCAAUGAUUCAGUCAGUUGAAUUUCACAGAAAUGAUCACUUCAAGUGCAGAGCAGGGUCUGGAUUUUAACACAGUUUAAGGCAAAUAGGCCACAAAAUCACCAAAAAUGUAUAAAAUAAAUAUAAAUGUAUAACA